AUGGAUUUGGAGGUGGAUGCUGUGCCAUUGAGACACAAGCUCGCCAUUCCGUUUCGCGUCGGGCUCCUUGUUACAGCUGGCAUUUGGUUGACCAGUUUCGUUUUUCACGGAAGAAGUGUUCUUUCCCAACGAAGAAACUACGUACCUGUCGACGUCUAUUUACCACCUUGGACCGAACAUUCCUUAUCACAUUCGCCCAUUCCCCCUAAGAAGCGAGUUCCUGGUUACCAGUUUGGAUAUUGCGUGGCCGCUAUACUAACAGUUACAUGGGGACUGGGCUUCUUCUUCUUCCUGCGCUAUACAAGAGGCGAUAUCUGGGCUUUAUAUGCGCAUCCUCUUUAUCCGUCCUUGUGGUUCUUGUCCUUAGUCAUUCUUUUGCUUGUUCCUCUACCCCGUUCUAUUACUCAAAUACGAAAUGUUUUACGUAAACAUAUUCUCGGAGUCGUAUUCCUUGCCAAGGUUAGUUCGGCUUACACAUUUAUGGAUAUGGCCAUCGGCGAAAUAUUUACAUCGUAUGCGAAAGCCAUGGGCGACUCUUGGGUUGCUAUGUGUGCUGUGCGCGGCGGUAUCUUUCACUCAACAUUACGUCCAGAUCAAAUGUGUAACGGCCGUUUGUAUGUUCCCCUCUCUAUUGCCUAUCCAUAUUUUAUUUGUGUACUGCAGUCUCUUCGGCUAGCUUUCAGUUCAACAACAUCGAACGAGCGAAGAAACAACCUUCUAAAUGCCGGGAAACAUGCAACAGCUUUCCCUGUCAUCUUGCUGUCUGCACGACUUCGGUCAACACAAAAUGAACUUCCAAUUCUAUGGGGUCACGGAAAACUUUUCUGGGCUUGGAUAUUCACGGCAAUCGUGAAUUCAAUGUAUUCUUUCAUUUGGGAUGUAUUCUUUGAUUGGAAGGUCCCCUUUUAUCCGAGUAUCCGCGCUAUGUAUCGUUCCUUGUGGCCGCGAGGGAUUCCCGCAAUCUUCUACUUCCUUGCUAUUAUAUUUAACUUUGUUCUCCGUAUCACCUGGAGCUUCAAACUUCAUCCUCAACUUACACAUAUCCACAACUUUGAGAUGGGCAUUUUUAUAUUUCAACUACUCGAAAUUUUGCGACGAUGUGUAUGGCUGUGCUUUCACAUUGAUGCACAUUAUUCCUAG